GCCAGCUGUUGGCUUUUUCCCUGGUGUUGCUCAGUUUUGCUUCAAUGUUUCCAAAAUAAAGACGAUCACAGGAAACAAAUUUACAAGUUUAAAAAGAAUAGGAACAACAAGUGACAAAAACUGUGUAAGUAUUUUAUAGCACAGUUUUUCUUUUCUUAAUUCCUUUGUCAGUAGAGAUGUUGUUCCUAACUACCUCCUUAUGACUUUUGAGCCACAUGUAUUUCUAAUUAUACUUUUCUAGUAUUUGUUAUGCCUUUUGAAUUCCAUGUACAACAGACCAGUGCCAUCGAAAGUAGUUUUCUCUCCCUAACAGCCUAAAACACUCGUUUCUUCUCCCAAAAGGCCGAACCCCGUGUGUUUCGUGUCCCAUCGCACACCCCCGGGCCCGGUCUCUGCACAGGGGAUUCGGCCCGGGGCAGCCGUGUGGCGAUGCAGCCGAGCCCAGCCCCUGGGGCCGCGGUCCGGGUGCGUUCGGCAGGGCACGGACACAAUCCCAGCGCCGUCUGUCUUUGUGCUCCGUGUUGGUGUGGGCUGUGCGGGCGGAGCGGGGCUGGCGGGAGCCGCGCUGCCCUCAGAGCCCCUGAGGGCGGCAGCGAUGGCGGCGCCGCUCCCUCAGCGCCGCCCCGGGGCGGAGCGGGCGCUCUUUGGCGCCAAGAGCGGAACGCGGCUCCUCCGGGCCCCGCUCGGCCAUGGCCGCCCCCGCCGAGCCCGGGCACUCGCCCGGCUUCAAGAAGCCACCGGCGCUGCUGCGGCUGAAGCGCAAACGUCCUGGGCGGAGGAGCGAUCCCGCCGCCGCCGCGGAAGCCGCCGCCGCCCCGGCCCCGCGGGGCUCUGCGGCCGCCCGCCGCCGCAACCCCUUCUCCAGCCUGGACAACGCUCCGCGGCGGGCGGCGGCCGCCCCUCAGCCUCCGGCAGCGGCCCCGGCGGGCGGGGAUCCAUCGGCAGCGCCCUUCUGGCAGUUUUUAGAGCCGGCCUGUGAGGAGAAGGCCCCCGGGAGAGCGGAGCCUGCUGAGAGUUCCGACAUCCUCGCCCUAAGCCAGGACCUUCAUUCACCUGUUGCUGUACCCAAAGCUCCCUCCUCGCCACGACAGGAAUUCCCUGCGGACUGGAGCAUUAAAACACGGGUUCUCUUCAUGUCCUCCCAACCCUUCACCUGGGCAGAGCACCUGAAAGCCCAGGAGGAGGCGCAGGGGGUUGCUCAGCACUGCAGAGCCGCGGCGGCCGCGCUGCCGCCGAGCGUGCAGGAGCCGCGGCUGUGCACGGAGCUGCGCUGCGCCUUCCAGCAGAGCCUGCUCUACUGGCUGCACCCCUCGCUGCCCUGGCUGCCGCUCUUCCCCCGCCUCGGGGCGGACAGGAGGAUGGCUGGAAAGGCCUGUCCGUGGGCACAGGAUGAGGCCCUGCAGCAAGCGCUCAUGAGUGACUGGUCGGUGAGCUUCACCUGUCUGUACAACCUGCUGCGGGCCGGGCUGUGUCCCUAUUUCUACGUGUGCGCGGCGCAGUUCUCGGUGCUGUUCCGCGCCGCGGGGCUGGCGGGCAGCGCCGUGCCCACGGCCGCCAUCGCGCCCACCACGCGCGGCCUGCGCGACGCCAUGCGCGCCGAGGGCAUAGAGUUCUCCUUGCCUCUGCUGGAGGAAAGUAGAGCCAGGAAGCAGAAAAACUCGGAGGAGGAUUUGGAAACCGCUGAGGGCCUCAGAGAGGGCAGCGGCGUGGAGGACUCGGGGGAGCCAGCUCCCAGCGAUGAUGAUGAUGAUGAUGGAAGCUUCUCUUGGCUUGAGGAGAUGGGAGUCCAGGACAAGGUGAAGAAACCGGACACUAUUUCUAUCCAGCUGCGCAAGGAGAAGCACGAGGUGCAGGUGGAUCACAGGCCCGAGUCGCUGGUGCUGGUGAGGGGCAGCAACACCUUCAGGCUGCUGAACUUCCUGAUCAGCUGCCGCAGCCUGGUGGCCGUGGCGGGGCCGCAGGCGGGGCUGCCCCCGACGCUGCUGUCCCCGGUGGCUUUCCGGGGCGGGACCAUGCAGACGCUCAAGGCUCGGACUGUCAGCGGCCGCGCCCGGGUGCAGGGGGGCUUCGAGGACGUGUUCAGCCUGGAGCUGCUGGGGCCGGUCCUGCCGCACGCCCUGCACGCCCUGACGCUGCUGCUGGCCCCGGCGCAGCGCGGCGCCUUCCGCGCCCUGCUCAGCGCCCACGAGCCCAGCGCCGCCUUCAACAGCAGCCCGGCCCCGGCCCAGGAGGAUGUGCAGCAGGACCUGCCCGCCUGCGGGCUGCAUCCCAGGACUCUGGAUCAGCUGAGGCAGCGCCCGACCCUGGGGAAAUCCUCCAUCCGCCUGCUGGAGAUGAAGGAUUACACCUACACCUGGAAGGCCUAGGAGUGCUGCUGGGCCUGGAGCAGGACGCUUGCUCCCUGGGCUGCAGGUGCUGAGCUUGGGGAAGGUGGGAGGGACACCCCACACAGCUGCUGCAUAGGAACACUUCCAAGGGCUUUGGAGGAAAGGAGGGGAAAGGCCUUGGACAUCUUUUUUAUUGCAGAAAGAGUUUUUUAAAUAAAACGUGGUUUUAUUGGUCUGGUUUGCCCUUGGCAGGUUGCUCUUCCCCAUGCACGCUCCCCUUCUGUUCCAAGCAUGGAAUUUCUGCUCCUGCUCGGGGCAGGAACUCAUAACCAGGUCAGAACUAGAACUCCUCCUGGGCAGGGGAUAGGAGCCCGAUGAGCUUUAAGGUCCCUUCCAGCUCAAACCUUCUGGGAUCCUAUGGAUGGGUGGAAUGCUUGGCAAAACCCCUUCCCAGACUGUCCACAGCCCCCUGCCACCCUCAGCAGCUACCCCUUGGUGUGUGGCACCUCUGGGGUUGGAUCACCUUUGAAUUCACAGGGAGGAAUGGAGGUCAGGGGGCCCCAGAGCUGCUCAGCAGAGCCCCCACACCCACCCCGGGCUUCCAAACCACAGCCUGGAGGGGAACAAGGCGAGGAAUCGAAUGGCUGCAGCACCUGAGCACGAGGAAACGGUGGCCAGGCCUUGGGUUUGCAGUGCCCAUCCCUGCAGGUGUCCCCUGCAGGUGGCACUGAGUGCUCUGGGCUGGGGACAAGGUGGCCGUGGGGCACAGCUGGCACUGCGUGGGCUGGCAGGGCUUUGCCAGCCUCAGGGAUUCCAUGGAUCAGAGGCAGGAGCAGGGUCUGAGCAGGUGCUCUGAGUGCUUCCCUGCAGGCAGGGGGCUCCCAGGCCUCGAGGGGAGUGUGUCACCUUUCCACAGCUCUUGGCUGGCACAUUCCUGCAGCAGGGAAUGCCACAGCUGGGUGGAAGUGGAACCAGCUCGUGUUGGUGCUCUCCAGCCAUGUUUCUAUAACCUGGUGUUUGUUACUGGAAGCGCAGCCUGGGCAGCAGAGCUCAGUUUUCCCCUGGGCCAGCAAAAGCUUCCUCUGCCUCCACAGCAGGGAGUGUCCCGCCCCGGGAUCAGCAGGAUGCAGCUCUGCUGGAACUCUGGGUGAUCAGUCGUGGCUUCACUGAACUGCAGUGACCCGUCAGCCCCAGCAGCAAAUGGCAGCUGCUCCCAGCUCCGGGACGCAGGGCCGUUCCUGAAGGAUGUGUGGCUCCAGGGAACACACAGAGCCCCCAGCUUUAAGCCAUGAAAUCCAGACCUUGCCUAGAUUUUUCAAAUGGAAUCUUGGUGGGAUUGGAUUUCUCUGCUGCUGGGAGAGAAGUCGGGUCUUUACCUUACGCAUGGGAAACAGGGACACAGAAAAUGGAAGCCAACAGCUCCAGGGGGUUGGUUGUACAUUCCCAAAUGCGAUUGUGUCCAGCUGUGAACUCCGAGUGCCACGGAGAGCACGGACUGGAGACAAUCCUCAGCAGCUCUGCC